AUGACAUCCUCUCUCACCACUGGUAUCCUAGUUCUCGCAUCUCUCCCAUCUUUGUCUACCCCACAAUUCUUAGCGCCAGUCAUCGUCUCCGCGGCCAAUGCAGCUUCGAGCCGACUUCGCAUUGUCCUUUUCUCACAGCUAUUUGAUCCAGACGCUAUUUCACAUACUCAGAGCUGGGACGAUGUCCAGAGAUUGUUGACUUAUGUCUACGUACAGGCGACCAAAAUCGCCCAGGAUAAGGACAAUCCCCUUUUGCAAAUUGAUGUCCUCCUGAAAGGCCUAACUGCGCAGGAGGCGCUGCCAGAGAAUAUCGGGGAAGGCUGCGAAGUUGUUUAUCGUGUCUCGGGAGACGCAAUAGUAGCAGCCCUCCCCCCUACACUGCUCGAGCUCUCCCACCGCUACAUUGCUGCUGGAUCUAAUGAAGGUCGAACAACUCCGGAAGCCUCCGAAAAAGUUAAUGUCCUGUCAAUGCUCCCUGUUGUGGCUUUAGGCGGGACCUUUGAUCAUCUUCACGCCGGCCACAAAAUUCUCCUGAGCAUGGCGGCGUGGAUAACCAGCCGGAAAGUUAUCGUCGGAGUUACCGAUGAUACCCUUCUAAAGUCUAAAUCAAAUGCACACAUCCUCGAAUCUCUGGACACGCGUAGAACCAACGUCCGUGAUUUCCUUGAACUGUUUAAGCCUGGACUCGAGUACGACAUUGUCACCAUCAACGAUGUGUACGGACCUACAGGGUGGGACCCCGAUAUCCAGGGCUUGGUAGUUAGUCGAGAGACUAUCAACGGAGCAGAGAUGAUCUCUGCUCAUCGAGAGAAGGAACAGCUACCGAAACUUUCAGUCUUUAUCAUCGACGUCAUAUCGCAUACAUCCUCAAACAUCACCGAGGAUGACUUGUCACUUAUGCGGCAAACGAAGAUGAGUAGCACGCAUAUAAGGAAUUGGAUUGUUAUGCACGAGAAGCAACACUAUCAACCCCAGAUUCAGCAGGUAGAUGCUGAAUCAAAGCCAGUCGAACGAGGCCAAGUUGGGUGGAUUAGUUCGCAGGAUGCCUAG